UGUUUGAUUCAGACGCACACUUCCUCUUAGCAACGUUGAUGGUGGUUUGAAAACAGUUUUUAAUGUUCUUAUUUUGAUUUUUCAAAGAAGUUUUAGUCUUGAUCUCUCAGGCUGAGCAAUCAUGGCCGAUGUUCUGACUUCAAAGCCAGGCUCUGGUCGAACAGGAAGUCCAACCAAGAGAGUAACCAUGACAACACCACAGAGUCCCGGUAGACAGUCCAUGACUCCUGGAAGUGGGAAACACACACCAACUGGCUCUGAUUAUAUGAAACCAGUUGUAAGGAGUGCUGUAAGGAGAUGGAAGAGGCUUCAUGAGCAAAACAUGAUGGAAAAAUUAGUAGGAAUGAGAAAUGAGAAGAAAAACAACACAAGAAGUUCAAGAGAUGAUGCUAGAAAAAUGGCAAGGAAAAUUCCAACAGAAAUCUUAGCUAAACAGUGGUUAAAUGACAAUGAAGCUACAUUAGAGGUCAGAGCAUAUCUUGUUGACAAAGUUCUCCCGACGUUGAUUUUAGGUGUAGAAAAACUUUUGACUGAAGCUGACAAGAAAGGAUUGACAGAAGAAAAUGAAGAAGAUCCUGACUUUAAUCCAAUUAAUUUUCUGGCACAGUAUUUACUGAGAAACAAUCCAAAGUACAGUAAUUUUUCAGAGGCAUCUCCCUAUGUUAGAGGGCUACGAGAAGUUGCUGAUGAACUUAGAAAACAACUGUUCAACAUAGAAGACAAUAGAUUAGCCAGAAUAAAAGCAGAAGCUAAGAGAAGAAGAGAAGAAAGGGAAAAAUUAGAAGAAAUUAAACAGAAAGAGAGAGAAAGAAGAGAAAAUUGCUUUAUGGAUCAGUUUAGAGAAUGGAAUUCUCUUCCAGAAGGAAAAGUGGAGCUUUCUUUGGUACAGAAUGCUUUAAGAUCCUUUUCUGAAAUAGCAGAAGCAACAUUCCCUGAAGAACUGAGAGAUGCUGCUAAACUAAGUCGUAGUCUGGAGGCAACUGACGAAAGUGGGAAAUGUCUCACUGUGAAAGAUUUUGCCAAAUAUCUGAGUGCUUUUGUUGAAGAUUUAACCAGAGAUUUAUUUGAUGAAUUUAUGAAGCAUUUAGCCAAAUGUGCUGUAUCCUAUAGAGCAGCUACACAAGAAGAAAACAGGAGAAUAGCUCUGUCAAAUCUAUUCAUUUCAUGUGAUCAUAGUGGUAUUGGAUUGUUGGACAGACACAGAAUUUUGAGUUUGUUUGAGAAUUUCUGGGAUACAGUGAAAGAUAACAUAAAGAUGCAUGUGAGAAACCCUAGAAGAUGGCCUGUGGUUGAAGUAGAUGAAGUUGAAGACACUUAUGACGAUGAUGAGGAAAUUAAACCUGAACAGGAGACUGAACAGAAAUCAGAGGUGCCUGCACCCUCAAAAGAGACAACAACAGUAGCAGAAUCAACAGAUGAAGUUAAAACUGAACAAAAACCACAAACUCCACCUCCUCAACAACAAGAAGUGCAGACUCCUCCUAAACAAGAGGAACAAAAACCCACAACACCUCCACCUCAAGAAAAACAGAAGACAGAAGAAUCACUUAAACCUGAAGAAAGUAAGAGUGAUGAAAUUAAACCAACAGAAGAAGCAGAAAAACAGGAAGAAACUAAACCAUCUGAUGCCUCUGCAGAAGUGGCUAAACCUACCGACACUGAAUCAUCAAAGGCAGAAGAAUCAAAACCUACAGAAGAGGAAGCAUCAAAACCUACAGAAGAGGUUAAAGGUGAAGAAUCAAAACCUACAGAAGAGGUUAAAGGUGAAGAAUCAAAACCCACAGAAGAGGUUAAAGGAGAAGAACAAGCACCUGCUGAGCCUAAGACUGAGACUGAGAAGUCUGAAGUAAAACCAACACAGGAACAGGAAUCUGUUAAAGAAGAACCUAAAACUGAAGACACCAAAGAGAAAGAACCGGAAAAGACAGAGGGAGAGAAAACUGAAGGAGAUAGUUCAAAAACAGAAGAGGUUAAGUCUGAUGACACAAAAGCUAGUGAAACAAGUGAAAAUGUUCCAGAAGAAAAGAAGGAGGAGGAACCAAAAACAGACAAUAAUACAGAUGUUAAAGAGGCAUCUAAUGUAGAAAAAACUGAGGAGGUUAAAACUUCAUCUGAAGACAUCAGUGUGAGUAGAGAACAGUCUAAAGAAUCUAUCCACUCAGAGACAACAAAUCCAUUAAGUAGUGUUAAGUUUGCUGAAGGAACCACCUUUGAUAGGGAGAGAACUGUAAUGACAGCACGUAGUCAACAAUCAGGAACAUCAGCAUUUGAUGAGAAUGUACUGAAUGUAUCACAGUUUGUACAGCUAACAGAAACAUUCCUGUGUAAAGAUGAGAAACCAAAACAAGAGGCCUUUGUUAUGUUGGCCAAGUUUAUCAAAGAAGGAUAUGAAGAGACAGAAGAAGAAAAGAUGGACCGACUUAUUAAGGCUCGUAAAGAGGCAUUGUCAUCUCAGAGAAAACAUAUGAUGGAUCAGCUGUUUGAGAAAUGGGAUAAUGAUGGAUCAGGAUUCCUGGAUCUGGAGGAUGUGGAAGGCAUUAUGGUUAGAUAUAAAGAUGGACAGGAAAAUGAGGCCAUCAAUAAGGCAAUAGUGCCAGAAACAAAAGAAAAUAAACAAUCAAAUUUAUCUAAAACAAGGUUAAAGAAGACCACUAAAUAUGCACAGGACAACCGACUCAGUAAGAGAGAAUUCAGAACAUUUGUUCAGGCCGUAACAGAUGAAAUUUCUGGUGCUGAUUCAUUUGAUUAUUAUAUAGAUUUCUUAACCAAUAGUGUGGAGAGAACCUAUGCUGAGAGAAUUAGAGGAGAGGCAAGAAAGAAAUGGUUACAACAGGUUGUCAGUGCUGCAGAGACAAGUGGGGCCAGUAUGGAACCAGUUUAUAAGAGUGUCUUCCAGGCUUUAUAUAAGGACUCUGAAGCCCAUGGAAAUGGUAAGAAGAUUAGUUCUAAUAUUGCUAUGUUGGAGCGAAAUCGUUUUGAUCAGGAACGAGGGGAAGUUUGUCUCCGAUAUGUGGCUGCAACUAUUGAUGAUGCCGACUUCCUUCUCGGUAAAAUACUCUACAAAGACAUGAAAGGAAUAAGUUUUGCAUCUGUUGAACGAGGCCAACCAAUACAUGUACCCAGAGUGGCAAACCAUGGUAAUGUACAGUUCUGGAAUCCAUACAGACUACCAGAGGACCGAGAGGGAUCCUUUAUUGUAGUACCAUUAAAGGACAAGAGAAAGAGAGUGUUUGGAUUAAUUGGAGUAGACACACUAAACGACAGACAUUCCAAGACUAUUUUUAUCACUCAUGAAAUACAGUACUUCCAGGGUGUGGCAAAGGCCUUCAGCAUAGCAUACCAUCACAUUGACAUGAGAAAGAAACUCUUACGUAUCACAGAAAGUGCUGUAUCGUGGAUUCAUCGUAGAAAUCCACAUGUUCAUGAGAUAUCCACCUACAUGGUGGAACCAGAUGGUAAAGAGAAACAGGACUAUGUUCUCAGGAAGAUGAUGAACACGGAUGCUAAAGGCAAUGUUCAGAACUUAAUAAAUCCACCCAGACUUGAAAGGAAGGAUAAUCUGUUUAGGGACUACUUGUUCAAGACAGUAGACACAUCAGAGAGUAUAUCAGCUGAUGCUUAUGGUGAAAGACACUUGGCAUUCCCUCUUCGUGACGAUAAUGGCAAAGCUAUAGCCGUAGUAGACAUCAGUAUUGGAGAGACUAAGAUAUUACCAACACAUGAAAACAAAGAAGUUCAAAGAAUGUUACGUCUUCUUCAGCAAGCUCAUAAGGAGAUUACAAGAGAAUUUGCUGGCGAUGAUAAAAAUAUAGUGCUAGAAGCUGAAAGGGAUGAUGAGAACAGAAUGGAUAUAAUGUUUGACAGACUUAUGUUGAUGGAACUUCGUGAAAAUGUUUCUAAGAUUGAUGCUAAAGCCUUCGCUGAACUGAGAAGUUAUAAUGACCCGCCAAAGAUUGUAGUCAAAAUAGUGAAGGCUGUUAGUGCAAUAUUCUUCCUUGAAAAAGUACAGAAUGGGGAACUGGAUGAUUGGACAAACCUCAGAACAUACAUGAACAAUGACCUGUUACAAAAGAUAGCACAAUAUGAUCCUACAGCUGCUGAAGAUCAUCAACUUAUACCUCCAGAAAAAAUUGAAGUUCAUCUCAAAGAUGUUCCCCAUGGAGAGGUGUCAAAGUUUGGAUCAGUACCUGCACAACACAUGUAUAACUGGGUGUUUGUGUGUAUCUCUCUCAUAGAACACACACUGAAAAUGAGAGAAAAUGAUAACAGUAGUGUUCUUAAAUAAAGUGUACAGAUGGAUAUAAUAAAGAAGUUGUAUAAGAAUGAGUUACCUCACUGGAAUGUAAUCAGAUAAGGGAGAUAAUUAAGUUAUUCAUACAAUAUGUUUGAAGUUAUGCAAAACACAGAGUACCUUCUUUUACAUGACUUUAUCAAAUUUUAUGAUAUUGCAUAAGAAAAACAUUUCUUCAAAGAAAGGGUGUUCCUUAUUUAUUUAAACAAAUAAUCAUACAUUUUCAAUUUAUGUUUGUAUUAAGAUAUCAGUUCUUUUGUCUUGAUAUACGAAACAUUAUUUGUUCUGCUUGAAACAAGAUGUAGAUUUUCUACAUAAAUUUGAAAAUGAAGAGUUAAUUUAUUUUUUGUUAUAUAUAUUUUUUUUUAUUAAAGUGAUAUUCAUUGGAAUAUAUGCUAUAAGAAUUUUUCAUUCCAUACUGCCAUAAUUAUAAUGGACAGGGUUUCUGAAUGGAGUGAUUGACUGACACUGUAGUAAUUUAUCUGUCAUGUGACUUCUAGUGUGUAUUCAAUUGCAUUGUCUGUGAUAUUUUAUAUGUGAUUCCAGUUGUACAUUUUUUUUACUUUUAUAAGUUACACUUACAGCAUUUUACCUGUAAUUGAUUUUAUACCACUGUUGGAAAAAUAUAUUCAUUAAUCAGAUUUUAUUUUUUUUAAAUUUGGGCUAAUAAUUCUAUAGAUUAUAUUUUUAUCAGCUAUUUAAAUAUAUCUUGAUGAAUUUCAUUGUUAUAAUAUGAACAAUUUUUUUCUUUAAAAGUUGAAAUUUCUAUGGUUAUGCACAGAAGUUGGCCAAAAUAUACGUCAAGCAUUCCAACCAUAAAUGACCUUAUGGUUAUAAGUGAAAAAUAAAACUGCCAUAUUCCUUAACAAUGUCGUAAGAACAAUUGAAUGCCUUAAAUAGUCUGCCAAAUAUAAUUCAUUAUUAUAUGUUUAUUGUUGAAUGUUGAAGUAUCAGAUUUUAUUAAACAUAAAAAAAACAA